GUCGAGCUGCUCGAAGGGAGCACGAGCUCUGAGGUCUGAGCUCUGUCUGUGAUUGGAGGAGAAAGACCGAGUCCAAAAACUAUCAGCCAGGAAACGAGGAAACGUCUCGAGUUUCAGGGGGGAGUGACAUUUCUUCAGGGGGUUGGAAAGAGAGAGAGAGAGAGAGAGAAAAAAAUCUCUGUAAACCUGACAAAGCGUCUGAGAACAGCCAGUAUCCUCAGAGACUGCGCUCAUGUCACUGGAUGUGUAUUUUGGGAUGGAUGUUUUAUUCUGUGUUUGUUGCGGUGUUGCAUCUCUUGUAGCUGAAGCACGAGCCCUUUGGUGAAGCAACAACAACUUGGUUUACGGACGAAAAAAAGUUCUGCUGGGACGCGUAAUUUUUUUCUCUCCUCUGGAAGGAUUUACACAAACACGCACGGAUACUAUCGCUGGCUCGCUGUUGGCAUGCGAUCCUGUUUUUGGUGCGCUGCUGGAUUUUGGGAAUAGGGAAUAGUUUUGGUCGCAUUCCUGUCUGGAUUCGGCCCAUGAGCUCCCUGUUUAUAUGCGGAUCCUGAAUUUCACUAUCUGCUCCUUCUCUCUCAGGUGAUUGGUGAGAAUUCCAGUGACUGACCGACCGGACAGCCUGCAGUUCAUGAUUGGGUGGAGCACCUCAGAUGGGAUCUGUGUCCAGGGGGAGGCCGAGGAGGGGGGGAUGGGGAGACACACUCUCUGUUGACGGGAUGUCCUCCCGGGGGUGGCUUCUGGGUGCGCUCCUACUUUUGACCCUGGCAACGGCGUCUGUGGCAAGGCCAUCGUUGAGAAAUGCUGAAGAGGUUGAGACAACGAUUGAACCUGAAGAGCCUCCAACCAAAAACCAAAACUCUAAGCCCACCCUGUGCUCGGUGCACCCGGGUGAACUGCUCAAGCUCAACUGCCCGCUGACCGAGGCGGCCGCCAUCAUCUGGACCAAAGACGGCUCCUCGCUGGGCCCUGACAACCGCACGCUCAUAGAUCAGGAGUGGCUACAGAUCCGCGACGCCACCCCUAAGGACUCGGGCCUGUAUGCGUGCAGUGUCGCGGGCUCAAAGGCCAGCGACGCGCUUUGCUUCAUCGUAAACGUUACAGAUGCCAUCUCAUCCGGUGACGAUGAGGACGACACGGAGCGAUCGGACGAUGUUGGGGCGGACGGCGAACAAAUGCGGGCACCAUUUUGGACCUUUCCGGAGAAGAUGGAGAAGAAGCUGCACGCCGUCCCGGCUGCCAACACUGUGAAGUUUCGGUGCGCGGCAGCAGGAAACCCCAAGCCCAAAAUGCGCUGGCUGAAAAACGCAAAACCCUUCAGACAGGAGGAUCGCAUGGGCGGCUACAAGGUCCGGCUCCAGCACUGGACUCUAAUCAUGGAGAGUGUCGUUCCCUCUGAUAAAGGAAACUACACCUGCCUGGUGGAGAACGCCUAUGGGUCCAUCAAUCACACCUACACGCUGGAUGUAGUAGAACGCUCUCCUCACCGGCCCAUUCUUCAGGCAGGCCUGCCGGCCAACAUCACUGUUCACGUCGGAGGGGAAGCACGGUUCGUCUGUAAAGUUUACAGUGACGCUCAGCCUCACAUCCAGUGGCUGAAGCACAUUCUGAAUAACGGCAGCCGUUACGGUCCCGAUGGACUCCCCUAUGUCCGGGUGUUAAAGACGGCAGGUGUGAACACUACGGACAAAGAGAUCGAGGUGCUCUACCUGCCUAAUGUAACUUUCGAGGAUGCGGGCGAGUAUACAUGCUUGGCGGGUAACUCUAUUGGGAUCUCCUAUCACACUGCUUGGUUGACGGUGCUUCCAGCCGAGCCAGACGCCAUCGAGACGGACUACCCUCCUGACUAUGUGGAGAUCGCCAUCUACUGCAUAGGCGUCUUUCUCAUCGCCUGUAUGGUGGUGAUCGUGGUGGUUUGCCGAAUGAGGACGUCGGCUAAGAAGCCUGAUUUCGGGAGUCAGCCGGCGGUGCACAAGCUGACCAAACAGAUCCCUCUGCGCCGCCAGGUAACAGUGUCCUCUGACUCCAGCUCCUCCAUGAGCUCUAGCACGCCAUUGGUCAGAAUCACCACUCGCCGUAGCUCCGCCCACGACGACCCCAUCCCAGAGUAUGACCUCCCUGAGGACCCACGCUGGGAGUUCUCAAGAGACAAGUUAACUCUGGGUAAACCGCUUGGCGAGGGCUGCUUUGGGCAGGUUGUGAUGGCUGAAGCUCUCGGCAUCGACAAGGACAAACCUAAAGAGGCCGUGACGGUGGCUGUCAAGAUGCUGAAAAAACAACUCGGCUCUUUUAGACUGUUUAAUGCAGAAGACAGAGUGGGGUGUUCAAAGAAAAGCAAAGUGUUCGAAGAUGAAGAUGAUGCAACAGAGAAAGAUCUUUCUGACCUGGUGUCAGAGAUGGAGAUGAUGAAGAUGAUUGGCCGGCACAAGAACAUCAUCAAUCUGUUGGGAGCGUGUACACAGGACGGUCCAUUAUAUGUCAUAGUAGAGUAUGCAUCUAAGGGUAACCUUCGGGAGUAUUUGAGGGCCCGGCGGCCCCCAGGAAUGGAGUACUCGUAUGAUAUUGCCCGAGUAUCAGAUGAGCCUCUCACCUUCAAAGAUCUGAUCUCCUGCACUUAUCAAGUAGCCCGUGGCAUGGAGUAUUUAGCCUCACAGAAGUGUAUACACAGGGAUCUGGCUGCCAGGAAUGUGUUGGUCACAGAAAGCAACUUUAUGAAGAUUGCAGACUUUGGCCUGGCCAGAGACGUCCACAAUAUAGAUUACUAUAAAAAGACCACAAAUGGUCGUCUGCCAGUGAAAUGGAUGGCUCCAGAGGCGCUGUUCGACCGGGUGUACACGCACCAGAGUGAUGUCUGGUCGUUUGGGGUUUUAAUGUGGGAGAUCUUCACGCUCGGCGGUUCUCCGUAUCCUGGAAUACCUGUCGAGGAGCUUUUUAAGCUACUAAAAGAGGGUCAUCGCAUGGACAAACCUGCUAACUGCACCAAUGAGUUGUACAUGAUGAUGAAGGACUGCUGGCAUGCGAUCUCUUCCCACAGGCCCACAUUCAAACAGUUGGUUGAGGACUUGGACCGCAUUCUCACUUUGGCAACCAACGAGGAGUAUCUGGACCUGUGUGCCCCAGUGGAGCAGUAUUCUCCCAGUUUCCCCGACACACGCAGCUCCUGCUCUUCCGGAGACGAUUCCGUCUUCUCCCACGACCCAUUAGCAGACGAGCCCUGCCUUCCCAAGUACCAGCACAUCAACGGAGGCAUAAAAACAUGAGCCCGUUCAACGUCCUCCAGACCCACCACAUCCAAGCUACACCUCCAGUUCUCAAAAAGAGUGAAAGACUUUUACCCACAGUUCACUUUUACCCACCCAGAACCGUACGCUGCCUCAAGACCCCUGGUGAAGCUCCCGCUGGACUUUGGGAGCGUGCUGAGGGAGGCUGAGACGCCCGAGUGCUGCUUUUCCGGAAAGAAACUGAAGUGUGUGAAGAGCAGGUGCUUUUUUUUUUUGUGUGGAAACACACACUUGC